AUGCUUGUCGACGUCACCGUCACCGUCACCUACAUCGAACAAGGGUUAAAGCUUUACAAUCAGCACAAACAACAAGCGGCGGUAAGAAAGUGGAAAUCGGCAUUGAAAAGGAUACGAAAACGGGACGAUAAAUUUUUACUUCUAGGUUAUUUGUUUCAAGCUUACAUGGAUUGGGGCAAAUACAGGGAUUCGAUAGAUUUUGCGCAAAGACAAUUGAUCGUGUCCGAAGAAAUGGACAGUCCGAACAUGAGAGCGGAAGCGUAUUUGAACCUGUCUCUGGCUCACGAGAGAAUGGGUGCCCUCGAAAGAUCUUUGGCCUUUGCUAGGCAUUCCCUUUACAACGAAUGCAGUCAGUGCAGAGUUGUGGGAUUGGUUCACACGACCAUCGGGAGCGUUCAUUUGGAAAUGGCUAAUUUUUGCAAAGCUUUGACUUCGUUUCAAAACGCGUUGAAAAUAGCAAAAGCCUUGCCCGAUUCCAGACUGGAAUUACAGGCUUACAUAGGAUUUUCCGAAUUAUUUGGAAGACUGCAAGAUGCCGACAAGAGCGCUUUGUACGCCGCAAAAGCCUACGACUUGUCGCGUAGUCUUCAAUUGGGGGACCUCAACACAAGGCACCAUCGUGCGGCUCUACUUCAAAUGGCUUCUUCGCUUUGCAAACAGGGAGAAUUGGGGGAUGCUCACGAUUAUUGCGGGGAAGCGACAAAAUUUGCUCUCCUCUCGGGAGACCAAGCCACGUAUGCAAGAAGUCUUCGUAUAUUGGGAGACAUAUACAGAAAAAAAUCGGAUAUAAAUAAAGCAUUUCGACAAUACGAAUCCGCCAUCAACACGUCCACAUCGAUGGGUGAUCGUUUAUGUCAAAUGCAAGCAAUGGACGGAGCAGCCAAGUGUCUUGAAGCCUUAAGACAACAGCAAAAAAUAUGCAAUUGUCGUCCGUUGGAAUUCAACAGCAGGUUGUUGGAAGUGGCCAAAUCUGUCGGAGCCAAGUUACUGGUGCGUACGGUUCGUUUAAGACUGUCACAGAUAUAUCGUAGCCUCAAAGACGAAGAACAACAAAAGUUACACGAAAGGUAUGCGAGAAAUUUGGAAGAAGAAAUGGAAUUGCUUUGCGGUGGAUGCAAUUUGCCGUUCGGAUUGGAAGCCGACAGUCUCGAAGCACUACCAUGUUCUCACAUUCUUCACGCGAGGUGCGCAUACGACAUCAUGAAAAAGAAAAAUAAAAAAAAGAAAAAAGUUUGUCCGGAUUGUCAAAAAUCUGUCGGUUCGAAGUCGUUUCCCUACAACAAUGAACCCACCGAUCCGUGUUUUGGAUUUCACAGCAACAGAUCCUCACUCAGUUUGGCCAGCCUCUCGUUGAGAGCGAGCAGUUUAUCAUUGGGUCGAAAUGCCACAUCGAGCGUUUAA